AUGGGGGGUGGAAAUGAGUCAGCGACAACUGAUUUCAUCCUUGCAGGACUUUUUCCUGAGUUUAAGCAUUCCAUUGUGCUCAACUCCAUAAUCAUCUUGAUCUACAUCCUAGCUUUCAUGGGGAACAUACUUCUGAUUGUCCUGAUUUGGGGUGACUCUAGACUCCAUACACCCAUGUACAUUCUCCUCAGUCAACUCUCCCUCAUUGACUUGACAUUAACUUCUACCAUUGUCCCAAAGAUGGCCUCUAACUUUUUCACAGGGAAAAAGACCAUAUCAUGGAUUGGCUGUGGAACACAGAGUUUCUUUUUCCUGAUGCUGGGAAUGUCAGAGUGUCUCAUCCUGACCCUCAUGGCUUAUGACCGCUAUGUGGCUGUCUGCAACCCACUGCAUUAUCCUAUCAUCAUGAACCCCAAGUUUUGUCUGCAUAUGAUUGCUGUAUGUUGGAUUGGAGGCUCCAUAGGUUCAUUUAUCCAUACUGUCUACCCUAUGCACUUUCCCAUCUGUGGGUCAAGGGAAAUCCACCACUUUUUCUGUGAGGUUCCAGUCCUCAUUAAGCUUUCCUGUGAAGACACAUCUGUGUAUCAGUCAGUGGUGGUGGUUACAAGCAUUGUACUUCUUGUUUUGCCAUUCUGUCUCAUCAUAGUUUCCUAUACACUCAUCUUCCUUGCUGUCCUCCAUAUGAACUCUGUUAAGGGCAGAAAAAAAACCCUGGCCACCUGUUCUUCCCAUCUAACUGUGGUGAGUCUCUUUUUUGGCCCAAAUAUAUUCAUUUACAUGACUUUCACUUCCUCCCAUAGUCCAGAGCAGGACCAGGCUCUCUCUGUUUUCAGCAACAUCCUCACCCCUUUACUGAACCCCCUUAUCUAUAGCCUGAGGAACAAGGAGGUGGUGGCAGCACUUGUGAAGCUGAAGGGGAGAUGUGGGGUGUCUUAG